UGCAAAGAGUCAGACACGACUGAGCGACUGAACUGAACUGAAAUGAAAGCUGUUUUAGAAAAAAAAACUGUUGGGUAAAGGCAUCAGAGUUGAUACUUUAUUACAUUAUCCCAACAUACUUCUAGCAAAACAUUUCAGCCUAGACAAAAUGAAAUGGAGGGAAAAGGGUGAUACUUAAUAACAGUAUCAAAACUAACAACUAUCCACAGGAAAAAUUUUUUUUAAAUAUAUGAAAGAUCAUAACACAGAAAUCUACACAAAUACCAGGGAGAGAAACUGAAGAAGACCCAACUAUGCCCCGUCCACACUGGAAGGGGAGACUCAAACUGCAACAGAUCAAAAGUGAACAGGAAGUUGUGCGCAUGCUGCAGGCUGUGCCUCGUGGACAAGGAGGAGGCCGGAAGCCCCUGCAGACGAAGAAGGGUCUGCUCUGCCUCCAGAGUUCCACGGGAGCCCAGAAAGGGCCCGGCUAUCUGGACCCUGAGCACAGCAAGCUGGCGCCCGAGAGGGAGGAGGAAGGGAACGCCACCAGGAGGAAUGAAGCUCGAACGCCAGCUCACUCUUAGGAAGCGAGAGAGGGGAGGCCCCGAGACCAUCUCAGAGAAAGGACAGUGAUGGCCCCACCAGGUCUUUUAAGAGAAUACGCUCAAUACAGAACGGGACUUGACACCGCAAAGAGCUUGACACAUACAUCAGCCUAGAUUAAAAAGCUUUUCUCCCCACAGUUUUUCCAUUUAAGGAGCAUCUUAUGAGGCCACAUUAAGAUUAGGAACUCUCACCAGAAUGACAAUGAAGAGAACGGAGAGGCAGACCUCGGUGCCGAAGACAGGCCUACUGGCCACACACCACAAGGGGCUGCAUCCAGAACAGGGUUUAAAAACAAGCUGCACUGACAGCACCCAGCUAACUCAGCAAGAGAGUGGAACACGCACUUUACAGGAGACGACAACCCACUGGGCAGCAAGCCUCUCUGAAGCGUUGCCUGCCAUCACUGGCGACUGAAGGAACGCAGGACAGCGACAGCCUCUGCCUACCCGCCUUCGGGCUGAGAGCAGACAGGGUGGGAUGCUACUGAGGGCCCCUCUGGCCCUUGCGGGGGCGGGUGUGUUACCUGCCAGGACGACACACAUUGGUCCCGGCAGGUCCACUCAGGACACAGAAAGCACAGCAGCCCCACGGCAGGAGGCAAGGAGGGGUCUACAACGUGGUGCCACGCCCAUGAAGACCGGAAGCCAGACUCCUCAGGGGCCCUCGGGGUCAAGGGGAAAGAGGCCAGAGCAGUAGUCUUCCUGCGUCAGGACAGGCCACCCGGGGCAGCAGGGACAGAACUGGCCCCGGGCUUCUCCCAACUCGGCAGGCUGACCGCCAGUGCUGCUGCAGGACUCGGGCAAGGCUGACCCGGCUGCCGCAGUCCCAACAAGGGCGCCCCACCACACACGCUCCCCAGGGGUUUACAGGAAGUUCCACCCCAGGCCUGUGGGUGUCAGGGGACAGGCGCCGGGCCGCCCGCCGGCUGGGAGCUUUUCGGUGCAGAGGCCCCAGGGCCCGACCCCUGCUGAGUCUGCACUUUCUACUGUGUAAAUGCGUGUUUGCCCUGUAGACUUCUGGGUGUGGACUUUCUCCCUGCAGAUCUAUAAUUUCUCAGAAGAGCAACUGAGAGACGACCUGGAAAAAAAUCAAAGCUCGAUAAAGGGAGGAAGGCAAAGCCAGUCCUUGAGUCAUGGGAUGAGCAGGGAAGGAGCCACGAGGCAGGGGCUCUCUGGGCCCCGGGGGCUCCUGCCUCACCGGGAGGCCUCCACAAGUCUAGCCUUACCCACGCGUGGUUCCGCCUUUUUCCAGCCCUGCUGACACAGGCCCUCCACCCCAGGCAGAGCAGAGGAAGGGGUGGGCGGGCACAGCAGCCACGGGCAGGGUCCUGGUGAAGGGGAGGGGCAGCUGGAGGCCAGCCCAGGGACGAAGCUGGGUCUGGAGGAGCCGCACCCAGCCUCCCACGUCUGACCUGGGGCUGACCUCAGGCCAGACACUGUGCCCCCGGAGGCCUGCACACUGUGGGGUGGCCGUGCCCCACAGGUACCCGAGGGCAGGAUGGGGCCACUGCUUCGGGGGCUGGUCUCACAGCCCCAGAUCUGGCCCCCGAGGCCAGGCCACCCCCACUCUCCUCUGGAGAACAGGGCCGGGAAAGCAAACAGAGCGGCCAGGACCCGGCCAAGCAUUCCUAGAAGAGGCUGGGGGUGGGGCACGGCCAGACAGCAGCUGACCCUGAGGUCACGGGAGAAGAGGAGGCUGGGCCGGGCCCUGGGAGCUGACCGAGGACCCCACCCAGGUGGGGAGGAACAGGCGGGGCGUGGUCAGCAUUCGGGGGACUGGCAGGCCCAGCUUAACUCCCACACGGCCAUCGGCUGGGCAGGGAGCCCCCAGGAGCCCCCGAAGGGCCCCCACCCCCAAGCAGGGGGAGGCUGAACACUAGCCCCUCACAGGCUGCUCCAAGGGAGACCCCCGCCCAGCACUGCCUGCAGCCCCAGCUCCGCGGCCAGCCCUGCAGGGGGAUGGGGGGCAGGGGAGCCGGGACGAUGGGGAUGGGCCCUCGGGCCUCAGAGCCACACCGGCCCCCUCGCCCCUGAGGGCAUGGUAGGCAGACGCCACCCCCAGCCCGUCCCUUGUGCCACCUGCCCCACACUCCGCUCUGAGCCGUCGCUGGCGCCCGGCAGGAGGGGGUUAACGGCGCUGGGGCCAGCAGCUGGGCUGGCCGGCGACACGGGUGCUGCCCCGCGGAGGGGAAAUCCAGAGGGCAGGAGCAGCGGCCCAGCAGACGCCCCGCUCCCGCUCAGCACGAGGGAUGGCCCCAAGCAGAGCCCCUCUCCCCGCAGGAGGCCCGGCCCUGGUGGUGCUGCUGGUCUCCUGGGCAGCGCUGGGUCCCCACGGCCUGGAGGGAGUGGAACCCACGGCGCCAGCAGACCCUGAGGGCCUGCAGUGCCCAGCCGUCUGCUCCUGUGGCCACGACGACUACACGGACGAGCUCAGCGUCUUCUGCAGCUCCCGGAACCUCACGCGGCUGCCAGGGGGCCUCCCGCCUGGCACCAGGGCGCUCUGGCUGGACGGGAACAACUUCUCCUCCAUCCCUGCGGCCGCCUUCCGGAACCUCUCGGGCUUGGGCUUCCUCAACCUGCAGGGGAGCGGGCUGGCCAGCCUGGAGCCGCAGGCGCUGCUGGGCCUGAGCAGCCUGUGCCACCUGCACCUGGAGCGUAACCGGCUGCGCGCGCUGGCGGCCCACACCUUCCUGCACACGCCCGGCCUGGCCUCGCUCGGCCUCAGCAACAACCUGCUCAGCCGCCUGGACGAGGGCCUCUUCCAGGGCCUGGCGCACCUCUGGGACCUCAACCUGGGCUGGAACAGCCUGGCUGUGCUGCCCGACGCCGCGUUCCAGGGCCUGGCCGGCCUGCGGGAGCUGGUGCUGGCAGGUAACAAGCUGGCCUACCUGCAGCCUGCGCUCUUCUGCGGCCUGGGCGAGCUGCGAGAGCUGGACCUGAGCCGGAACGCCCUGCGCAGCGUCAAGGCCAAUGUCUUCGUCAAGCUGCCCAAGCUCCAGAAACUCUACCUGGACCACAACCUCGUGGCCGCCGUGGCCCCGAAUGCCUUCCUGGGCAUGAAGGCGCUGCGCUGGCUGGACCUGUCGCACAACCGCGUGGGCGGCCUCCUGGAGGACAGCUUCCCGGGGCUGCUGGGCCUGCACGUCCUGCGCCUCUCACACAAUGCGCUCGCCGGCCUGCGGCCCCGCACCUUCAAGGACCUGCACUUCUUGGAAGAGUUGCAGCUCGGCCACAACCGCCUGCGGCAGCUGCCUGAGGAAGCCUUUGCGGGCCUGGGCCAGCUGGAAGUGCUGGCGCUCAACAACAACCAGCUGCAGGAGCUCAGGCCUGGCGGCUUCCUGGGCCUGCUCAACCUGGCCGUGCUCAACCUCUCCAGCAACUGUCUGCGCGACCUCCCAGAGCGGGCCUUCCAGGGCCUGGCCAAGCUGCACAGCCUGCACCUGGAGGGCGGCUGCCUGGCCCGCCUGGGCCCGCUUGCUUUCGCGGGCCUCUCGGGGCUGCGCCGGCUCUUCCUCAAGGGCAACAGCAUCACAGAUGUGGACGAGCGCAGCCUGGGGGGCCUGGUCGAGCUGCUUGAGCUGGACCUGACCGCCAACCAGCUCACGCACCUGCCCGGCCGGCUCUUCCAGGACCUCGGCCGCCUGGAGUACCUCCUCCUCGCCCACAACCGGCUGUCGGCGCUGCCGGCGGAAGCCCUGGGGCCCCUACAGCGCACCUUCUGGCUGGACGUCUCGCACAACCGUCUGGAGGCGCUGCCCACGGCCGUGCUCGCGCCGCUCAGCCGCCUGCGCUUCCUCAGCCUCCGAAACAACUCGCUGAGGACCUUUGCACCACAGCCCCCAGGCCUGGAGCGCCUGUGGCUCGAGGGCAACCCCUGGGACUGCGGUUGCGCGCUGGGUGCCCUGCGGGCCUUCGCCCUGCAGCAGCCAGCCUCUGUGCCCCGCUUCGUGCAGGCCCUGGCAGAGGGCGAUGACGACCGCCAGCCGCCCUUGCUGGCCUACAACAACAUCACCUGCGCCAGCCCGCCCAGCCUGGCGGGCCUCGACUUGCGCGACGUUGGCGAGGCCCACUUUGCCCACUGCUGACCCAAGGCUGCCCCGGCGUCUUGACGGGCCCUCGCAACUCCGGGGGGACACAGUUCAGGACCUGCGGGCCCCAGCCUGCUCCCUGAGGGCCUGUUCAUGAGGGUCGGGGACAUGGCCUCCCCAGCUGUCAUCAAUUAAAGCAACCAAAUAAACGGGGCCGCGUGUGCA